GAAACAUUCUUGCUUCUAUCCAGGCUUUUGAAUUAGAUAUUGUUUUUUCAAAGAGGAACGUGAAAUAAAUUGCUAACAUAAAGAACUUUUCUACAAAGAUGUCAGAAGAAAACUUAAGAAGCACAAAAUCGGGAGAAAGCUCUGUGGAACACUCUGCUAAAAAACCUCUUAAAGGCAUUCUAAAAGUUAUAAAAAUAAUUUGAUAUUACUUUCAUAUAAUCAUCGUAUAAUUUUUUUCAAAUAUUUGUUACAGAAGCCUAGUCAAAAAUUUAAAGAACAUGAUAAGGUAAUAAUCGAUUCAUAGACAUACUAGAUUAUUGACGUUUCUUCUGCCAAACCAGAAUUUGAAUGGUGUUCAUCAACAAGAAUAUAUGAACGUAGCUAGAAAAUCAACAAGAAACGGGCCGCCUAAAAGAGUUCACUCCACACGCCUAAAAAGUCCUCCGCCGCCGCCACCCUCUACUUAUGAUGAAGACGUAAUCGAUAAAAGAAAAAGGAAAAUGUCAACUAAAAAGCGUCCUUCGCCAUCUUCGAAUGCUUCUGUAUUAUUGAAAAAAAAACCAAGGACCCCGUUAAGAAUAAAGUUAAAAACAACUAAGAAGGUUCCACGUGUAACUAACAAAAAAGUGACAAAAGUGUCGAAAACAGAGACAAAAAAACAAAAUAAAUCUCCAAAAGAUGCAUCAAACAAGACAACGAAAAAACCUUAUAAAUCAUCUAGGUAUAAAGGAAGCAUGGCCAAAAAAUUAGAAAUUUCACAACGUGCAGAUUGGCUACCAGCUGAAACUCCGGAAGGAUGGAGACGUGAAGUUGUUCCAAGAUCGUUAGGAUCCUAUAUCAUAACUAAAAGAAUUGCUGAUGUUUAUUAUUUCUAUCAAAAAAAUGAUAAGGAAAUAAAAUUUCGAUCUAAACAAGACAUAAAAAAGUUUAUUUUGAAAAAUAACAUUAAUUUGGAUGAAAACUUAUUCUACUUUUCUGUGGGCAACUUUGUAGCAUAUGAUUUACCAACUGAACCUGAAAGAUUAAGAAUGAAGAAAGAGAUUUUGACAAGUUAACAGAACAAUACUAAUGGUAAUGAUUUGACUUCAGACUGUUAUUUUUUCUUGUUUAAAUAAAACUCUAAACGUCGAUUAAAAAUGAUUGACUAUACUUUAUUGCAAAAUCCUUAAUCUUAAUUUAUUUGUGACGUUCUGAAUGGUGCUAAAAUUAAAAACUAAUUGUAGCAAGAUUUAAUAAUCAAUAACAUGUGUCGCAGAGUACCAUUUCGU